CCGCCGGGGCCACACGUGCCGCGCCGCCACUGACGUCCGAAGACCGCCGGGGACGCCCGAGCGCACCCGAUUGUGCAAUCAGCUGAGUGACAUAAUCGAUGCAAAUCUACGAAAACCGUCAAAACGCACACCACGUAUCGACACACGCCUUCCCCCCUAGUACUCAGUGCCAAGUGUGACGUGAAUGUUCCGAAUCGUGACCAGUGUAGUGUUCGCGCGUACAUUGACCGUCCAACGCGGGACGUAUCGUAGGAGCUCGUACAUCGCCGGUCGCGUACGCGGGGAGGUCUCGUAUGUUGUAACGCGGCGGUCGAUGUAUCAGUAGGUGCGUGCUAAGUCGUCAAGAUUGAGGUGGUGUGCGGGUGGGGGAGGCGCGCGCGCGUGCGUCCGGUGCGCAGCCGCGCCGGCAUGUUGGCGCAGAGGUCGCAGUCUUGCAACGAGGAGGGUGCGUUCUUCGGGGCGCGCGCGCUGCGCCGGCCGCGCGGGAAGGGUAGCGGGGAGGCGCCCUGCUAGGGGUACGCCAUGUCGCUGCGCAGCCUGCAUCGGAGGCUCUCCUCCGCCAACAACACGUACUAUAGCGUUCUGUGGAGUAACCGAUGCGAGGAUGGAGGCGGCGCGGCGACAGGGCCGGGGCGCGCGGCGUCGCUGCGGCUGGCGAACGGGCGCGUGGCGUCGGCGGAGCACCUGCCGCGCUCGCCCGCCGACUGCGCCUCCGUGCGCAUCUCCAUAGACAACACCAACACCUGCUGCACCGACUCCCUCGUCACCGCGCUAGACGACGAGACGCUGCUGCUCGGCGACGCCGACAUGUCGCUGAAGCAGGGCAGCGGCACCGGCAAGGUCCACUUCGGUGGUCUGGACGAUGUGUCGCUGUACGGCACGCCCGUCGAGCCCGCACCGCCCGCGCCAGACGCCAAGCAGGGCUUCCUGCGCAACCAGCUGCAGGCCCUCUUCCAGCCCACCGACAACAAGCUCGCCAUGAAGCUCUUCGGCUCCAAGAAGGCGCUGAUGAAGGAGAGGAUCCGGCAGAAGGCGGCCGGCCACUGGGUCAUACACCCCUGCAGUAGUUUCAGAUUCUACUGGGAUCUCUGCAUGCUGUUGCUCCUAGUGGCAAACCUCAUCAUCUUACCAGUUGCCAUCUCUUUCUUCAACGAUGACCUAAGCACCCGAUGGAUCGCCUUCAAUUGUCUAUCGGACACAAUUUUCCUUAUAGAUAUUGUUGUUAAUUUUAGAACAGGAAUAAUGCAGCAAGAUAAUGCAGAACAAGUGAUAUUAGAUCCGAAGUUAAUAGCGAAGCACUAUUUAAGGACGUGGUUCUUCCUCGACCUAAUCUCUAGCAUACCACUAGAUUAUAUAUUCUUGAUCUUCAAUCAGGUAAACGAUUUUAGUGAGAGCUUUCAAAUACUCCACGCGGGUCGCGCGUUGAGGAUCCUCCGGCUAGCGAAACUGCUGUCCCUGGUCCGACUGUUGCGACUGUCCAGGCUGGUUCGAUACGUCUCGCAAUGGGAGGAAGUAUAUAUCUUGCAGAAUCUUCAAAAAAAGCGCACGGAACGGAGGGGACGGCUCGGCUCCGACGUCGCCAAAAAGAAGGGCGACACCAAAAGCAAUCUAAUCUUCAAGUUCCUGAACAUGGCGUCGGUGUUUAUGCGGAUAUUCAAUCUGAUCUGCAUGAUGUUGUUGAUCGGACAUUGGUCUGGAUGCCUACAGUUCCUUGUUCCUAUGCUCCAGGGAUUCCCCCCUAACUCAUGGGUAGCGAUUAACGAGUUACAGGAAGCGUUCUGGCUGGAGCAAUACUCUUGGGCAUUGUUCAAAGCUAUGUCGCAUAUGCUGUGCAUCGGUUACGGCAGAUUCCCACCACAGUCGCUAACGGACAUGUGGCUGACCAUGCUGUCCAUGAUCUCUGGAGCGACUUGCUACGCGCUGUUCCUGGGUCACGCUACCAAUCUCAUCCAGAGCUUGGACUCUUCUAGAAGACAGUACCGGGAAAAGAGAUUAGACGUGAAACAAGUGGAGGAGUAUAUGGCUUACCGGAAGCUGCCCAGGGAGAUGCGGCAGAGGAUAACGGAGUACUUCGAGCACAGAUACCAGGGGAAAUUCUUCGACGAGGAGUUGAUCCUGGGAGAGUUGAGCGAGAAGCUUCGGGAGGACGUCAUCAACUACAACUGUCGGUCGCUCGUCGCCUCCGUGCCCUUCUUCGCCAAUGCCGACUCCAACUUCGUGUCCGAUGUCGUCACGAAGUUGAGAUACGAAGUCUUCCAGCCAGGUGACAUAAUCAUAAAAGAGGGGACGAUCGGGAGCAAGAUGUACUUCAUCCAGGAGGGGAUAGUGGACAUCGUGAUGGCGAACGGCGAGGUGGCGACGAGCCUGUCCGACGGCUCGUACUUCGGCGAGAUCUGCCUGCUGACGAACGCGCGGCGCGUGGCGUCCGUGCGCGCCGAGACCUACUGCAACCUGUUCUCCCUGUCCGUGGACCACUUCAACGCCGUGCUCGACCAGUACCCGCUCAUGCGGCGCACCAUGGAGAGCGUCGCCGCAGAGCGCCUCAACAAGAUCGGCAAGAACCCCAACCUCGUGGCGCACCGCGAGGACGACACCACCUCCGAGGGCAACACCAUCAACGCCGUCGUCAACGCCCUCGCCGCCGAGGCCGAGCACGUCAGCCUGUCCGACGACAGCGUGGCGCGCCUGUCCGAGCGCUCGCUGGGUCUGGCGCUGCAGCCGCUGCAGGCCGCGUCGUGCCGCAUGGCGGGCGUGGCGCUGCCCGGCCUAGGCGUGGCCGCGCUGCCCCGCCCCAAGUCCGAGCACGACUUCAGCGCCGCGCAGCAGCCGCUCGCCGCCGCCGCCGCCGCCUACCACAAGUCCGACGCCGGCAUCGCCCCCUGACGCCGCACGCUGUGCUAGGCCCCCCGCCCCGAUAGCAAUACUAGGCUUAGAGCGAGCGCCUCGCCUCGCUAGACGUAGCGUAGGUCCGUAGCGCGACUUCGGCGCCCGCCGAAUCUCAUUUUGUGAUCUUAUACUUAAUUCUCCUGUGUUAUAAUUUAGGUUAAAUUUUAUAUCAUCGACGCCGGGAGGAGCGGCCGGCCGCGCGACGCGGUCGGCGGCGUAGAUAUACCUGUUAUAUAUUGAGGAAUAUUGAGUCUUUAUAGAUAUACCUUGCCAUUAUGAAUAUUAUAUUAUAGACUAGACUGAGAUGUAAAGAUAUCACUAUUUUAUGCUUUGUUGGCGUACGGUAUAGCUCUAUUGUUGACCUUUUCGGAGAUUCUAACGCGUUUGGGGAGCUGCGCCCUCGCCGGCGGGGAGCCGCGAGGGGCGUUUGUUGAUAUUAUAAAUAUAUAGUACGUAUGUUGGAGCGUAGAGGUAGACACUUGCGGGCCGCGCCGUGUGCCGGCGCCGGUCGGGCGACGUCACGGCACGGCGACGGCACGGUGCCGGCGCCGCGCGGCCCGCGCACGAGCCACGCACAACAACCGACCUCACAAUCCCGCAGCACUCGGUCGCUUCAAUAAUUUUAUAAGUAGUGACAUCUACCGCACGAGCGGGCGACUCCGCUCGGUAGCUCAGUAGCGCCGUCGUACCGUUUCUUUAUGUAAAUAUUGUAUUAAAGAUUCGCCUUUAGUGUGAUUUAUUUAGGAGUGAUAAGGCCGCCCUGGGGCGGUCCAGUCAAUUAUCGCACGAGCGACGGGACCGCGUCCCGCCGCGCCGCACGAUCGUCGAGCGUAGGGAGAUACUGAUAAUUACUACGAUAGUGAUCAUUUCAUAGGAGUAAGUAGGCCAAGCGGUUAACGAAUUGAGGGCCGCCGCGGCGGGCCGACGCCGGCUCGGCGGUACACACGUAGACCUAGUCACCGCAUGAUAUCGAUCGCUUGUUUCUUAACUUUUAUUACUAUUAGCGUAUCUUUCCGCCGACCGUACUGCGCCUAGUGAUUUGCGCUUUCGAUUUCUUAACAUAGUUAGCGUUAGAUCAUCGCAUCGAUACAUAUCGUACCUAGAGCCGGCGGUCGCGCCGCCCCCGGCACGACUGUCCCCGCCGGGCCGCGCCGGGCCCCGCCCCCGCGUGCCGGCCCCGCCCAGCCGCGCCCGCGCGACGGGCGACGUCAUGACAUGUGAUGGUUUGCAGAUGUUGACUUUUAGCCAAAUAUAGUUUACGAAUGAACCAAUUCGCAGUAGCUUACCGUAGUGAAUGCAGCCUAGUUCUCAGUUCUGCGAACGAACACCAAUAGAUACUUUGUACUCGUAAGGUAUUUAUACGAUCUUAGCGGAGUAACCUCGUCAAUUUAUCUACGACAUUAAGUUUUAACCCCUCAGAAGCAUUUAUUUACUGUUGUGUUAAGUGACAUUGCCGCUUUUGUAAAUUAUAUAAAUUUUAUAGAAGAGAUCUAUUUUUAUUGUGAAGUUGAUGCUGGUUAAACCUAUAUGAAAUCGAGAGUUUUUUUAACGGAACUGUUAAUUAAUGUAUAGUUAUAUUGAGUUCUGUUAUCUAUUUUCACCAAAAGUGCUCAUCGCUAUCAAAAAAAUUAGAGAAAAUGCAUUAAAGAAUGAAGA